AUGGAUAACCAAAUAGGUGGAAGGUUUGAUUUAUUGAGAAAAUAUUUACCCGAUGACUUAAACAUAUCUUCAAGUUAUGAUAUUAAUACAUUAGGGAGUUCUAAGAAUUAUUGCUCUAAUGGAGAAUCAGAAGAAACAGAAUGUAAAACUGAGGUUGAUAAAAUACAUGCUGGAUUUCUAUGGUUGUUCGAGCAAAAUAUUAUUAAUAGGAUUGAUGAUUUUAAUGGUUCUAAUGAUAAAAAGCAUAAAGUGUUUAUUAUAUACAUUAUGUUAUGGUUAAAUUUUAAAUUGAAUCAAAAGACGCAUGUAGAAAUCAAAGAAUUUAAUGAUUUUUAUAAUAAAUAUAUAGAAAAUAAUACGCAUUAUACUAAUUGUAAAAAAAGAAAUAAAGAUGAUUGUAGUAGUUCAUUAAAAGGAGCAACGGGAUAUAAUAAUUUUAAGGAGUUCAUAGAUGCAAACAAAUGUUUGAUGGAUAUUGAAUUUGAAGAUGUGUCUAAUUUGUAUGGUGCAUUUAAAUCAUUAUGUAACGUGUAUACUGAACUUGAUGCACACGAUAAAACAAAUAAAAAAUAUUUAAAUUGUGCUAAAGAAUUUGUUGAAAAAUAUGAAAAACUGCUUAAUAAUAAUGAUAUUGAUACUAAAGAUAGCCCAUAUUAUAAAGUAUUUUCUACAUUAUCAAAUGAUUAUAAUGAUUUUAAAAUAUAUUGUAAUAAACAUAAUGUUGAUUGUAGCGGUAUGCCACCCCUUCCAACGAUAGAAAAAAAAACAAUUUCUGUAGAUAACUCUGUACGUGGUUCUGAAGUUAUAUUACCAAGUUCGUCGAUAACAAACAAAUUAUUUAUAGUUUUAUCGAUAUUUGGUGCAAUAGCAUUUUUUUUAGGAAUUUCUUAUAAGUAUUCAUUAUUUGGAUUUCGGAAACGAUCUCAAAAACAACAUUUAAGAGAAAAGCUAAAAAAAUAA